AUGUUUCACGUGGCCUUCUUCAUUAUAGGCAGUCUCCUGCUUGCACAAGUGCAGGCAUGGAGACACGCAAGCAAGUCGGAGCUUGAUGAGGCUCUCAGGAUACGUGAGCAUACUUUAGUAGCCUUCGUCGAUCCGGACAGUUGGAGUGGCCAGCUACUUGCUACGGAAUGGGAAACUAUAACCUACUCCGACAAAUCUACCAUGAGCAUUAAUUGCGCCGUCAACUGGAGCAUUUGUGAAGAACACGACGUGCGGUCUUAUCCCGCCAUCAGACUUUACCGUUCUCCAAAGACGUUUGAAUAUUACAGGGGCCCGAGGCAAGCUAAAUAUAUCUCCGCCUUUGUCAGUCGCAGUCUACGCCCCGUCAUCUCCAGCCUGGGUCUGGAAAACGUCACUGACUUUGCUUACACCGACUCUGUUAUUUUCAUCCUUCGCCUUACAGACCGAGACGCAGGAAAGGGUCUCUACGAAAGAUUUCACGAUCUGGCUUCCGACAACGCACAUAGAUACUCGUUUGGUGUCAUUUCACGGGACCCCGAGGAUGGCCCGUCAUCACUCGACUGUUUCAACAACUUGGAUGAUGUCACACUGUCGACAACAGACUUUUUCAGCCACAUUUUUUCAUUAGAUGAAUUUCUUGCGUCCUGUGCCACUCGACUGGUUACGGAGAUGACACAUCUGAAUGAAGCUGAUUUCAUAGAGAGCGAUGUCAACGUCCUCUAUUUUUUUGAUUUCAAUCUAGAUCGUCGUGAGCAAUUCGCCCUUCACAUCAAGGAGACCGCCAGAAAAUACGCUCAGCGUCUCAGAUUCGUGACGGUCGACCCGCCAGCAUUUCCUGAUGUGCCAUCACGAAUGGGGUUGGAGUGGAAGUUUCCCGCCAUCGCACUCCAGAACAAGAAUGCCGGGCUCACGUACCACUCGGAGCAAAGCGAGUCCAUUACACCUGGGUUUGUGGAAAACUUCCUUCGGUCUGUAGCCAGUGGGAAGGUCCAGCCAGCGUCUCAAAAACACGUUGACGCUGAACCAACGGACGGCACAGAAGCUAUUCCGCUAGAGAAAGGAGAUUACCGCCAGAGAGUCAAGCACGACGAGCUUUAA